GACAAUUCACGAGAUUGAUGGACUGUUUAGAAGAGAUAUAAAUCAUCUGGAACUCGGAAAGAUAUAUUUAUUGUAUAACCAAAGAGCUCCAAACACCAUUGCAUCCUAAUCGAUCAAAAAAUCUGUGAGUUCCAAUCGCUUCCAUUUCGUCGUAUUUCCUGCUUACAUCCAGAUUAUUUUGUCAAGCAAAAACAAACUAUUUCGUCAACCAGUUAUAUUUUUGUUUCUAGUUAGUUUGGGAUAGGAGCUUACACCACCAACUAGAUUUUCACGAGCUGUGGUCACUUAGUCACUUCAUGUUACUUCAGUCGAUCGACUGUAACAGCAUGACAUUUCUUAUCCCAUACCAUGACAAAACAACACUUCAAGGCUCUCAGGUAUCGACCGAUUGUCUAACCGAAGCCAGUCCAUUAUGUGAGGCUAAUAAUUCGACAGAUUCCACAACUCACUAUAUCGACAUACUUUCAGUUUCUAUGCUUUCACUGUUGCUUCAAUGAAGGUCAAUUUUCAAUUGGAAGAAACCGAUAGAAAAUUCAUUAGAAAUCAACAACUACAUAACUUGAAUUGGAAUUUCAUGUAGUCUUCUGAUUUUAUUAAACAGAUAACACCUUGUACAUAACGCAAACUAUCCGUAAACAUGUGGUUUAGCAUUUCUUAUCUCUGUCUCUCUCCCUCCGUCAUUUAUUUCUCCGAGUUAUUUCCAUGUCUAUGACAAGCAUGAUCACAUUUUGGUGAUUACAUAUCGAUUUGUCUCUCACUGAAUUUGAUUAGCACCAAUAAUCUGUUCACGAUCUGUUACAGUGGAUGCAUAGUUCAAUAAAAUGUGUCAAAUUUAUGAGAGUAGAUCAGUAAAUGAAUAGAUAAACAAAGAGAACUGAAUAGAUUGUCUGGAGGGAAACAGAAUGGCUCAACUAUUGAUUAGAAUACAGAAAAUUAGCUCGCACUUCGAAUACGUAAUAAUUUCAAGUGGCUGAUCCAUACAUUUGUUUCUUAAACAGAUUUACAAAAUUGAGCAUUGAAAUCAGAUGUUACUGUGUGACUGGUCUGAAGUCGAUUUGUAUUGUGGCAGUUAACUUUCUAGCUUGCAUUAUUCAUAUUCGAGUUCAAGUGUUUCAGCAAUGAGACGUCGGUGAACUCAUUUGAUCACCUGGGAAGUUAACUCUGAGUCAACAUCCAAUGGACAAUAUCCAUUAGUUAUGAUCCCCGGAACAGCUGGGUGUCAAGCUUUUGCCGUGCUGAAGAAUGAUCCCAAUCAUAAAGCGCUACCUGUAUGGUUAAAUUUGGAAUUUUUUGCGUUUAUAAAACAUUUUACUGAGUAUUUUAAAUUACAGUAUGAUCCAAAAACUGGUCAUAGUUAUGAUGCUGAAGGUGUUGACAUUAUUUUUCCAGGAUGGGGUGAAACAUGGUCAAUUGAGAAUCUAGAUGAAAGACCAAAUAUGUUUUCUGAAUAUUUUGGUUCAUUGGUUAAUGCUCUAAGAAAAGAUCCGUUUUAUGUAUCAAAUUUUACAAUGAGAGGUGCACCAUAUGAUUUUAGAAAAGCCCCAAAUGAAAACGGUGAAUUCUUCAACAAAUUAAAAGCCUUGAUUGAGGAAACUUAUGAAAAUGCAAAACAAAGACCCGUUGUCCUACUACCACAUAGUAUGGGAUGCUUAUUUGCUCAGUGGUUUUUGAAAAAAUGCGAUAUUCCAUGGAAAAAGAAGUAUAUAAAAUCUCUGGUGUUUUCCAGCUGUCCAUUCGGGGGUUCUGUGAAAACAGUGAAGAUUGAAGCUAGUGGUGAUAACUUUGGGGUAUUUCUGCGUAGUCCAUUAAGUUUUCGACACGUUCAACGUUCUAUGCCAUCUCUUCCUUUCUUAUUUCCUGAUUCUCGUUUAUGGCCAUCAUCGGAGCCACUUAUUAUCACACCUACAACAAACUAUAGCUCAGCUGAUUACGAGCGUUUCUUCAAAGAUAUAAAUUACACUAUUGGCUACCAAAUGUGGAAAGAUACUCACUCCCUUGUUGAUGGAUUGGAAAUGCCUACUGGUAUUGAUGAUAUUUAUUGUAUUCAUGGUUCACGUUUAUCCACUACCGAAAAAAUUUCCUAUUCUGCACCCAGUUAUUUUUACAGUGGUUUCCCAGAUCAAGUACCCUUAUUAAUUCCUGGUGACGGAGAUGGGACAGUCGGCAUACGAAGCUUAGAAUACUGCAAAAAUUGGCCUGGAAUUAAAUAUUACAUAUUACCUGGAGCGGAGCAUGUUCGUAUUCUUAGUGAUGUAAGACAUAUUAACAUUAUUCUCAAAAUUCUUAAUGCAAAUAUAACUCAUGGAUAAACAUCAGAUUUUGAUGUCUGAAGAUAAACUACUGGAUUAAGUGAACGUUAUGUCAAAUGAAGCCCAUAAACUAAAGAAACGUGUCGAAACAAGUAUUAUUAACAUUGAGCAGCUGUUUUUUGUAUUUUCAGUUAUUUACUGAACAAAAAUAAUGCAACUUGACAUACUUAAGAAAAUCAAAGUCUUGGUUUGCUGUACUUAUGGUUCUCAUUGUCAAGCUUAGCUCAAUUUCUGAUUAUGUGAUUUAACUGAACUUACUGUAAUAUGAUUAAUUGAGUUCUAUGGAGAAUGGGUGAUUUUCAUUGGAUGAUUCGUACUGUAGCUGUAUAGAAAAUUCUUGGUCUGUUCAACAAUUUGGGGAAAUGAAUUUUCUAUAUGACCAAACUUUAAUUAUUGGUGAAUAGAGACAAUCAGUUUUGUUGAACUAAUUUUCAGGAAAAGUUAGAAUAUUAGUGGUCUGAUUUUUUAUUGAUAAAUGGAUUUUAAAGUAAGUCAAUACUGAACGGUCAUCUAAACACAUUGAACAGUUAAUCUUGUGUUCGGUGUGAAUGAAAGUCAUUUGAUGUAGUAUGUUAACGAGAUAUCACAUAUGAGACGUAUGUACUUGUGUAUGAUUAUUAGUAUUAAGAAUUCAGUGAAGAAAUAUAUACUUUAGAUAUUGACAUAAACGUUUUACCUAUUACCAAAGUGAAAAUACACAUAGUGAAGCUAUUAUAUAGACGCAUGCACUGACAACAAAUAGUAGAAUAACGUCUUUUGAUGUCAGUUGAAAUUACUUACAGAUAUAAACCCUGUUAAACUGUUUAAAUAGUUCAUCUGGUCCACCUCGUUUAACAUUUUGAUUUUGCAUGAAAUUUAAGUUUAAAAAUGUAUGGACAAGCAUUCAGUGUAAAAUGUCACUGAGAUUAUUCCAAAGGCAGUUAUUACUUUGAUUAUCACUGAAUACUGGGGGAUAUAUAUUUUCGAAAAAUUUAAGAAUUUAAACUUUGAAAACUCCGAAUUAGUACAAUUUUUUAGUUAAAACCAUAAAAGUUUUAAUUCGUAUCAUCAGACUUUUAAUAAAAUAAUGGUAAUCAUUUUGUCGUCGCA